GAUCAGAAGUUGGUGAAGUGACGGUUCAGUCAGUGACCCAAGCAGUUUCGUGCCUCCUGGCAAAAGCGGAAAACCUGGCCCCGGCCCCAUAUGCUAAACCUUACGGAACCUGGCGGAAGAUUAAGAUGGCAAGUGAUAAUCGUGCUGGUUCCCUCAGCAAAAGUGUGCAAAAACAUGCAGGGCGAGCUAAAGAGAGGAUAUUGCAAAAUCUCGGCAAAGCAGAUCGAACGACAGAUGACAUUCUGAACAUGUACAUCAGCAACUUCAAUAAGCAGCAUGCUUCCGCCCAGAGGCUGAGCAAAGAAUUCAAAAACUAUGUUUCAUGUGCCAGAGCCAUGCAAGCUGCCAGUAAAAGUUUAAUGGAUACACUGACUGAAACGUAUGAACCAGACUGGGCCGGAUGUGACCAACUUCCCGUAAAAACUCAGGUCCUAGAAAUGGUGUGGGAUGACUUUUGUCACAAGCUCAACGAUCAAGUUGGAGUUCCAAUUGCAACAUAUCUCAGCCAAUUUCCAGAAAUAAGAGGCAAAAUAGCUAAAAGAGGAAGAAAACUUGUUGACUACGACAAAUGCCGCCACAAUUUGCAAUCCUUGCAGCAGCCAAACAGGAAAAGAGAAGAGAUGAAAAUUGGAAAGGCCAAAGAAAGAUUAGACGAAGCUCGAAAGUUAUAUGAAGUUAUAAAUAACGAACUGCAUGAUGAACUGCCUGCUUUGCACGAUAGCCGGAUAUCAUUCCUGGUCACGAACCUGCAGACAAUGUUCACUUCUGAAAACCAAUUUCAUAGUGAAAAUGCUAAAAUUUUCAACCAACUGACGGAAUUGGUUGAGAAUCUUUCUUUGGAGAACCAGAAGGGAAAAUACCGAACAAGAAAACCUGGAUCACCACUCAUUUUGAAAAGCGAUGGAGACACGAGACAUUACGAAGAAAUCGAAUUUAAGAAAGGUCAAGCUCGAAUGGCUGGACAGGCCAUGUCUAAUGGAGAAAUUAUUUCAAAUACAUUGCCGAGAUCUGAACAUAUGGGGCGAGAAAUUUCCCUUACAGUGUCAAAAACAAACACUGCAAAUAUGGAAUCCUCCAUGGACCAAUUAAGAAUGCCAUCAAAGUUGGAGAAAGAUUAUGAACCAAUAGACGUUACUGACAGUAACCAGAUGGGUGAUUCUAAAGAUUUACAGAAACUAGAUGAACUUUAUGAUAUUCCUGUUGGUGCUACUACUACAGAUUUGCCUGCCGGUGUUUUAUAUAGGGUUCGUUCAACAUACAAGUAUACUGGAGAAGAUGUUGAUGAACUAUCAUUUGAAAUUGGAGAUAUUAUUAGAGUCGUGGAGUACGACGAUCCUGAAGAACAGGAGGAAGGUUGGCUGAUGGGAGUGAAGGAAGCGACUGGAGAGAAAGGCUUGUUCCCUGCCAAUUUCACCAGACCCAUUUAAGGAUAACGUCAUUGGAACGCAUUGAAAAUCAUCCUCAAAAACUUCAACUACUUUUAUCCUAUUUCACGGACAAAACAGGUUGUUAGAAGCAUCGAAUAACAUUAAUGUUUUGAUGAAGUUACUUUGCAAUCAAAAUGUCAUCCGACACACUUAUUGUUUUUGAGUGUAAUUUAGUUUUUAUUCCAUCGAGGAAAAAAUGGGUGCCUAGCAGUCAGUAAGAAUCGCAUAACACCACUACUGGUUUAUACUAAGUGUAAAUUAUUAAAUAUGUAUUUAAAUUAUUGUGCUUUUGUCGAAACAACUCUUUUCACUUGUUUGUCAUUAUGUUGUAGUCAAAAUUUGUCUUUACAUUGUUCCUUAUAAAGCAGUCUUACUUUGUGUUUUGCCUUUAUAUGACGCUCUUUUUUUUUCUGUUAAAAAAUCCCUGUGACGCAUGGUUUUACAUGUAUUAUUUUUGUUAUGAAGUAAAAUUCUAUUUGUCUGAGAAUUGUAAUAUUAUUCAUGUUGUUAAAGCUUUUAAAGCUUAAAUACUUUUGGUAACUUAAAAUUUUCCCGUCAGUAACUUCAAAAUUAAUCACGCUCUUACCCAAAUAGAGUUAUUGUAGAUUUUCAAUAAAACAAAUCAAUGUAGCAUAUAGUAAGCAUAAAUGUUUCUUUAGCUUGCUUGUGCUAAACGAAGCAUUAUGAUAAUACAGUUACUUUGAUCUCAGUUUUUCAAGACAUUUCUUGAAAAACAUGCAGUGUAGUGACUUAUUAGAAAGCUGUAAAUUCAACAUAGUUUUAGUCUUUAGUUAUGCAGUUACUGAAGGGACUACGCUUUGUUGCCUGAUAUUUACCCAAGUCAAGCGAUUUUAAAAUUCUUUUAUGCCAAUGUGAUUAACUCACCGAAUGUAAAGUGCACGUUGCAAAAUAAACGUAUCAUUAACGUUGCAAAAUUAACGUAUACGAACGUUAUGAAACGUUUCUUAGCGAAGUUAUAAAUUUAUAUCUGGUAUACUGACUGUAGCAAAACUAGCAGUUUUUUAUGAAAUCAAAUCUAUUUUAUUACCAUAUUACCAAUCCUAAUCUAAAAGGCGUUUUUUGAUUGAUUUGAUCCAGAAAGGGUCUAUUUUGUGCCUCAAGACAGCUGUUUGUUAAGACCAAUAGAUUUUAUAUUAGGAGAAACCUUCUCAUAUCGCGUUAUGUACCUAAUUUAAAAAGUAUUUUUCUAUACACAUAUAAUAGUGUUUAAAAUGUUUAUUAAUUAAAAUUUACGUUUUUUAAGCAACAAAAUGAAAUAAAAUGAAACAUUAUGUAAAUUUAUUAUUGUGAUGGUUCACUUAUAUUAUUUGUUAGAAAAAAUAAAUUGAUUGAUAUCUAAAACAGUGUAAUACGACAAUAAAAUCAAGUUUUGAAACACAUACAUAGUUGAUUACUUUUGUGUACAUCUUUCAAACAAUAUAUUUGUGACAACUUCUGUUCAAUAAAAUAUGCUAUUUCUCACAGAAA